GUCUUUUUACGCUGCCGACCAUCCACGGAUAAGAUUUCCGCGGCGAGUGCAAUCAAGGCGGCCACCUCCUUCGUCUUCUAUAAAAAAGGGAGACUGACUUCCUUAUCUUUAUCUCCUCUGAGCUAUCGAAGUCGUUGUGAUGGUAUCCCCCCACUCCCUAUCCUCCUCCCAAUUCCUCGGUCUCCGCGUCGCUCUCCCUCCCCGUCCCAACGCCGGCGCCGCUGUGUCCCCGCAAUCACUCACCGUCGCUGCCGCCCUCAGCUCCUCCGCCGCCUCCUCCCUUUACGAGGUCCUCGGCGUCCCUGCCAGCGCCAGCGGCCAGGAGAUCAAGGCAGCGUACCGCCGGCUGGCGCUGGAGUGCCACCCGGACGUCGGGGCGUCCGCGGACCAGUUCCUGCGCGUCCAUGCCGCCUACUCUACCCUCUCCGACCCCGACAAGCGCGCCGACUACGACCGUCGGCUGGUGGACUCGGCAGCUUCAGCUGCGGCAGCGGCGCUCGACCGCCGCCGCCGGUCGACGUACUCGCGGUCCACGUCGUUCUCCUGUGGCGGCCGUCGUACUUGGGAGACCGACCAGUGCUGGUAACCUGAGUCUGAUUGUUAAUUGACACGGCCACAUAGUCUGGUCUCUGCUUUCUUCGUACCAAAGCUUGUAAGAUAGAAAAGGGCCUGAUGUAAAUACUAUCGAUCAAUGAAUAGAUAGAAAGAGGAAACGAAUAAGAAACAUAAAUGUUGUCUGCUUUAAA